AUGGAAUCCGAUCAACGUUGUCUGCAGCUUAUUGAUGAGAUAUCCGUGCUUCGCUCUUCCAUCAACAAGGUUCUUGAGAGGAAUGCAUGCCUUGUAGAUGAGCUAGGAGAGUGCAAGUCUGAACUUCAGGCUUUACAAGAUGAGAAGUCCAACUUGAAUGGGAACCUUGUUUUAGUUACAGAGGAGAGAAAGAAGCUUGAGGAGGACAAGGAGUAUUUUUUCCAUGAGAACAAGAGACUUGCUUCUGAGCUGCAUGUUCUUCAGGAGCAGUUAGCUACAGAACAUGGGCAACACAUGCAACUUGAGGCUGAGCUAAAAGAAGUAACAGUACGCCUUGAGAAACUAAUGGAGGAAAAUAGUUUACUCAAUGCCAGUCUAGAUGCAGACAGGGUCAGGAUUGCAGAAAUUGAUAGUAGGGAAACCCGCAAUGUUGAAGCUGGGAUUCAAGUAGAAAAUCUGGAAGUGGGUGGUGGGGUUCAUGAAAAUGCUACUGAAAAUGAACAUUGCUGUCAGAUCCCUUGGAAGCGAGAUCCUGAAUUAUCCACUGUGAUAUUGGAGAAAGCCUUACCUAUUGAUGCUGGUGGGCUGUCACUUGAGCUGUUUGAGCAGGAAAUAUUUGAUGAUUGUUCUGGUUUUCUAGUCUUGAAGGAACACUUGACGGAGGCUGAAAGAAUAUUUCAAAACCUUGGAAAGGCAAUUGAACAGAUGCACUCCCACUCAGUGUCAUUACAGCGGUCCAACAGUAAAGUAGCUGUGCCCGGAGUAUCGAAACUAAUUCAAGCCUUUGAGUCAAAGAUGCCUCAUGAUGAAGCUGAGGUUGAGGAAAGAGGUUUGAUUGAAUGUCAAUCGCUGGGGGACCUGUUGUUUAUUUCUACUAAGGAGAUGACAGAAGAUCUGAGGGCAGUACUUAAGCUUAUGGUUCAGGAUGCUGAUAAUGCCAGUUCCUUAUAUAGAGGAGAGAGGGAUCGUAGAAAAUCUGUUAAUUUGACAUUUGGGGAGCUCAUGGUUCUACAUGAAGCUUUGAAGGAAUACAGUGAUAAUCUUGAAGCAAGCAACGUUGAGCUGGAGGUUCUAUAUGAAGCUACUAAGCAGCAUGCAAUUUUAAUUGAAGCUAAGAACAAUGAACUUGAGCUUCUUUAUGAAGCUCUAAAGAAGCAAGAAAGUGGCUGUAGUUCAGAAAAUGCUGAGCUUUCUCAGAAAUUGAGUGAGUAUCAGUUGAGACUUACAGAAAUGCAGGGUCACUUUUCUGAUCUACAGAAAAAGUCAGAUGAGAUGGCUUCUGAUUUGAUUCAACAGUUAGAACGUUCACAGAAGGAAGCAUCUGAGAGGGCUUUGACAUUUGAACUAGAAUGGAAAUCUCAGGUUACUCAGAUUGUUGAAACAGUCGGGAGGCUUGAUGAGUAUGUUGGGAGGGUUUCCAACUCUAGCUUCUCAAAUAACAGCAAUGAUAUUUUAUAUACAAGUAGCCAGGUUGCGACAUCUGUUAAUUCUGCCAUUAAGUCAAUCCAAGAUCUGCAGGAGAAACUACAAGCAGCUCAUGCAGGUCAUGAUGCAGUAUCUAGUUCACACAAAGAAGUGAAUGAGAAGUAUAAUGAUUUGCUCAGGACGAACGAAUUUCUGACACGGAUGCUACAGGAUAUAUACAAUGGCCUAAAGAAACUUGUGAUUGAUUCAUGCGCAUUGGGUGAGGCUCAGAUAAACCCACAAGUUGAGGAGCUUCCCGAUCUCUUAGAUUAUAGUAAGUAUACAAUCUUCAUUGAAAAACUGGAGAAUGUUUUGGGUGAAAGGCUACAUCUCCUGUCUGUUAAUGAGCAGCUUAAUUCAGAAUUGAUGAAUAGGACAAGAGACAUCGAGGAAAUGAGCAGAGAAUGCCUUGAUUCAAAUACCAUUCAAAAGCUUAUAGAACAUGUUGCGAAUGUUGUAGAACUGGAAGACUAUGGAACUGAAUCAGAUAAAGCGCCUGCUUCCAGCUUUGAAUUGUUAGUUUGUUUGCUUGUUAAGAAAUACAAAGAACUUGUUAAGCAGGCAAGUGAUUGCAAAAAGGAGUCUGGAUCUAAGGUGAUUGAAUUGACAGAAUUAGAGGAAAAGAUACAUCAGUUAGAUUCAUUGAGGCUUCAGCAGGAACUGGAAAUCCUCACACUGAAAGAGAGCCUGCUCCAGGAAAAGGAAGUCCUUAGCAGCGAGUUUUCUGUUAGGGAAAAGCUUAGCAUAGCUGUGGCAAAGGGAAAAGGUUUGGUUGUUCAGCGUGAUGCCCUUAAGCAGUCACUUGUAGAGACAUCUGCUGAACUAGAGAAAUGCUCUCAGGAAUUACGAGCAAAAGAUGCCCGGAUUCAGGAAUUAGAAAUAAAACUGCAUACUUACUCAGAGGCAGGUGAGCGUGUGGAUGCUCUGGAAUCUGAACUUUCAUACAUUCGCAAUUCAGCUACUGCAUUAAGAGAAUCGUUUCUUCUCAAAGACUCCGUACUGCAGAGAAUUGAAGAAAUUUUAGAAGAACUGGAUCUGCCUGAACAUUUUCAUUCUAGAGAUAUUAUUGAAAAGGUUGAUUGGCUAGCAAGGUGCACCGCUGGUAAUUCUUUGCCUCCCACUGAUUGGGAACAACAAAGUUCAAUAGGAGGUUUACAUUCUGAUGCAGGUGUUGUUUCUGUGGAUACCUGGAAAGAAGAUGCUCAACAAGGCUCAACAUUAGGGGAGGACUUGAGAAAAAAAUAUGAGGACCUUCAGAGCAAAUUUUGUGGGUUGGCAGAACAAAAUGAAAUGCUGGAACAGUCCUUAAUGGAGAGGAACCACUUGGUGCAAAAAUGGGAGGAACUUUUGGAUGGAAUCUAUAUGCCUUCACAAUUGCGGUCCAUGGAACCUGAAGAAAAGAUUGAAUGGUUAGGAGUGGCACUUUCAGAAGCUAAUCAUGAAAAAAAUUCUUUGCAGAAGAAGAUUGAUAAUCUUGAAAAUUAUUGUGGGUCACUAGCUGCUGAUUUGAAAGAGUCAGAAAAUAGAGUAUCUAGUCUUGAGGCUGACCUUCAAUCAGUUAUGCUGGAGAGGGAUGCUCUUUCAGAUGCUAAUCAUGAAAGAAAUUCUUUGCAGAAGAAGAUUGAUAGUCUUGAAAAUUAUAGUGGGUCACUAGCUACUGAUUUGGAAGAAUCAGAAAAGAGAGUAUCUAGUCUUGAGGCAGACCUUCAAUCAGUUAUGCUUGAGAGGGAUCAGCUUUCUGAAAGAUUGGAGACUACAACUUCUAAUCAUCAUAACCUUUUGGCAAAGGCAGCUCAUUUUGAAGUUGAGAAUGAAAAACUUCAUAUUAGAGUUACUAGUUUGCAAGAAGAAUUGGUUAAGAGGAUUGAGGAGGAGGAACAUCUUCUUGAGAUGGAUGGUGAAAUAAGGAGAUUGCAGCACUUAGUUUCUGAUGUAUUACAGGACGCUGAUGCUGAAGAUUUGGUUUCAGGUGGCAGUAGUACUGCAUGCUUGGAAGGAUUAUUGAAGAAGCUUAUAGAGAAUUAUGCUAAUCUCAAGUCUCUGUGUCCUGAACUUGUGGAGACCAAGCCAGGUGAUGCAACCCUUGAUGAAGCUCAAAGCAGACACACACUGAAUACUGAGGAGGAUCGAAAGGAGGAAAGAGAUGAAAUCUUUGGGAAGCAUCAAUCUUUGCUUCUUGAAGUUCAAACACUUGAAACAAAAAGGCAGGAAUUGCAAGAGCUCCUGAACCAAGAAGAGCAGAAGUCGGCUUCUCUUAGAGAAAAAUUAAAUGUUGCUGUUAGAAAAGGGAAAUCUUUGGUGCAGCAGCGGGAUAGUCUGAAAAAAACCAUUGAAGAGAUGAAUGUCAAGCUGGAAUGCAUGAAAUCUGAGCUCAGCCACCGGGAAAAUGCUCUGGCUGAUUAUGAAUUGAAGAUGAGGGACUCCUCUGUUUACCCUGAAAGAAUAAAAGCCUUAGAAGCAGAUAGUUUGUACCUGAGGAACCAACUGUCAGAAACUGAGCAUAUGUUGGAGGAGAAAGGGCAUAUUUUGAGCAGGAUAUCAAAUGCAAUAGCUGACAUUGAUGUUGGUGGUGAAAUUAUUAAUAUCUUUGAUCCAGUAGAGAAGUUGGGACGAAUUGAGAAAAUCUUCCAAGAUUUGCGUGCAGCUGCAGCUUCUUCAGAACAAGAGUCAUGGAAGUCAAAGAGAGCUGCUGAGCUACUGCUUGCAGAGUUGAAUGAAGUGCAAGAGAGAAACGACACUCUUCAGGAAGAUGUAGCAAAACUUUCCAGUGAACUUACGGAAGUCAUUAAAGAAAAGGAUGUCUCAGAGGCUGCAAAAGUUGAAAUUCUCUCACGUCUUGAAAAGUUAUCUACAAAUCACUCUGAAGAAAGAAGCAAACAAUAUUCUGAAUUAAUGAUGUUUCAAUCUAGUAUAAAUGCUCUGAGUAAGGGUGUCAAUGAUGUUCAUAACCUAUUAUCUAAUGUUUUCUCAAAGGACUUGGAAUUUCUGCAAAAUUUGGAGGUUAACAUUAAAUUAUGCGUCGAAGGGGGUGAUUCCCAAGAUGUGUCUGGCUCACCGUACAGUACAUCCAGUAAUUUACAGGACAAGGAUAACAUUCAAUUUGUGGAUACUUGGCCAGCUGUCAAUAUGCAGGACCCUUUGGAUGACAAUGCAAUAGUUGAAGUUUGUGGUUUAAUCUGGCAUCACCUGCAAGAUUUGAGAACUGAAAUUACUGCACUGAAAGAAAAGUUGAUUGUGCAGUCAAAAUCAUUGCAAGAGAAAGGUCAUGGGAUAUGGAAUGUAUUGGGGAUCUUGUGCAGAGAACGAAAUUCUAUGACAGAAUCAUUUGAAGCUAUGAAGAGAAACAUUAUGCAUAUAGAAUCAGUUGGGAAAGAGAAAGACAUGGAGAUUGUUGUGCUGAGAAGAAACAUUGCCUUGCUUUAUGAAGCAUGUUCUAAUUCUGUCUUGGAGAUUGAAAAUCAAAAUGCCGAGCUGUUAGGAAAUAAUUUGGCUGCUGCAGAUCUGGUGACUAACAGGAAGCCUGUAAUAUCAGCUGGAGUACUUUCUUUCAGUGGACAAAAUAGUGUUGCCUCUGAAGAAAAUAUCAAGACUAUGGCAGAUAAACUUUUUUCAACAGUGAAAGAUUUUUUGAAUAUGAAAGCAGAGAUUACUGAAGGAAGCCAAAGGGAAAUGAAAAUGACCAUAGCAACUUUGCAGAAAGAGCUUCAGGAGAAGGAUAUCCAGAAAGAGAGGAUAUGCAUGGAGCUUGUUGAUCAAAUCAAGUUAGCUGAAGCGUCUGCCGCGAAUUACUCACGAGAUCUUCAAUCCUCAAAAACCCUUGUGUAUGAUUUGGAGAAAGAACUGGAAGUAAUGAGGGAAGAACAAACUUCACUGCAGCGAAGAGUAAAAGAACUGCAGGAUGUGCAAGCCAACACAGUGGAAUUGCAGGAUAGAAUCAAAUCACUGACAAAUGUAUUAUCGUCGAAAGACAAAGAAAUUGAAGCCCUUAUGCAAGCACUUGAUGAGGAGGAGGUCCAAAUGGAAGAGUUGACGAAGAAGAUUGAGGAACUGGAAAAAGUACUGCAACAGAAGAACACAGAUUUACAGAACCUUGAAGUUUCUCAUGGAAAGGCUGUGAAAAAGCUUUCCAUCACCGUGAGCAAGUUUGAUGAGCUUCGUGCCCUAUCAGAAAGUCUUAUUAACCAGGUUGAACAGCUGCAAUCACAACUACAAGAUCGGGAUUCUGAGAUUUCCUUCUUAAGACAAGAAGUCACAAGAUGCACCAAUGAUGUUCUUGCCGCAUCACAAAUUGGCAAUAAAAAAGACUCAGAUGAGAUAAAUGAGUUUCUGAUUUGGUUUGAAUCGAUUGUCCCUCAGGUUGGCUUACCUGAUCCUCAUUUUGAUACAAAGCAUAGUCAGGUGCCUGAAUACAAGGAAAUAAUACAUAAGAGGAUUAGCUCUAUGAUAUCUGAACUGGAGGACCUUCGAGGGGUUGCUAAAAAUAGGGAUGAGUUGUUGCAAGCAGAAAGGAGUAAAGUGGAUGAGUUGACUCGCAAAGAAGAAACUCUCAAGAAGACUUUGCAUGAGAAGGAAUCCCAGUUAAAUUUGCUUGCAGGUGCGGGAGAUGUGGGUCAGGCAGUUAGUUUGAACUCUGAAAUCUUGGAGGUUGAACCUUUGAUAAACAAGAGGGCAAUAGCAGGGACCUCUACAGCAUCCCAAGUGCGUAGUUUGCGGAAAGUCAAUAUUGAUCAAGUUGCUAUUCCAAUAGACACGGAUGAUGGUGAUAAUAAUAGGUUAGAAGACGAAGACGAAGAUAAAGUUCAUGGUUUCAAAUCACUUACCACAUCAAGGGUUGUUCCAAGGUUUUCAAGACCAAUAACCGAUAUGAUAGAUGGCUUAUGGGUUUCUUGUGAUCGGGCUCUCAUGCGACAACCAGCCUUACGACUUGGCAUUAUGAUCUAUUGGGCUGUAUUGCAUACAUUGUUGGCAGCUUUUGUAUUUUGACAAGUCAAUGUGGCUACCCGUUGAUUUUGUGAAAAAAGUUCAGCAAGGAGAGGCAACCAUGAUUUUGCUUGAAAUGCAUACUUGGCUCCAAUACCAAUUUUCCCGAAUUUCUGAACAUGAUCCAUUGAUUCAUUUUAGCUCAACCAGGCAAUUGUGAUUUUGCCGUUUUUAUUUGCAUGCACUCCUCAGGUAGCUUGGUUAUGUCCAAUAAGGAGAAGAAAAUUCUUGUUACAAUUAUUUCGGACAUAGUAUAAGGAUUAUUCAGUUUGAACCAACCGAAGGUUGUAUGAUGCUUACUGUAGUCAAGUGAUUUGUCUACAAGUUAUACUACACAAACAGAAAUGCUGCAUUUUUUAAGUAGUGUUCUUUCUAU